GGCGAGGAGUACCUGGGCCUGUGGCGGGGGGAUCAACCGCACACCAGCGGCGUGCUGUGCUGGUUCAACGGGGAUAUCUACAUGGGAGAGUUCACGGAGGGAGGUAAGUUCCAGGGGUCGGGCGUCUACCGCUAUGGCGACACAGGAGAGUUUGCAGGAGACGUCUACAGAGGAAGCUACAUUGCUGGGCAGCGCACAGGGCAGGGAGUGUAUCAGUUCAACCCCAACGGGAACAGGCCGCAAGGAGGCGAGUACAUCGGUCAGUGGCUCAAGGGCAAGUUUCAUGGGCUGGGCGUCCUCAGGUACAAGGAUGGCGAGAGCUUCGUCGGAGACUGGACCCACGAUCUCAAGAACGGACUGGGGAGAUACACGUGGGGACAGGACUCCGGGGAGAUAGCAGGAGACUACUACCAAGGGGAGGUGGUGAACGGAAAGAUCGAGGGCAACGGCUGCUACCGAACAGCUGACGGAGGGUAUCACAAGGGCUGCUACGUGGACGGGAUGAGGGAAGGGUGGGGCAUACAAAGAGCUUCCGACGGCACGCAGCACAUGGGGCAGUGGUCGAGAGACAAACUCAACGGG